AUGGCAGCUUCCCUGAUUGUGAGCAUUCCAUUGGCGGUGGCAGCUGUGGGAGCGCCGCUGGGGGGGUGGCUUGCUGACGUGGCAGGGAGGAGGCGGGCGUUUCAGAUUGCCGCCCUGCCAUUUAUUGCUGGAUCGCUGCUCAGUGCUGCAGCAUCUGCCACGUGGCACAUGGUGAUUGGCCGAGCGCUUGUUGGGAUUGGACUGGGAAUUGUAUCUGGCACUGUUCCUCUCUACAUAUCAGAGGUAACCCCCACCUCUUCUCGCGGCACGUGGGGCACGUUGGCUCAGCUCUCCACCAGCACUGGAGUCUUCUCUGCUCUUCUAGCAGGCUUGCCUCUGGAGCAGCACCACACCUGGUGGCGUGGCAUGUUUCUCCUGGGCGCUCUCCCUCCCUGUCUCUUGCUGCUCGGCAUGGCGCUGGCCGCACCAGAGACCCCUCGCUGGCUGAUGCUGGACCACAGCAUGCACGCAGCAGCACGGGCAGCAGUGAUUCUGAGAGGAACAGAGGGGGCGGAAGAGGUGCUACAGGAGCUCACGUCAGCACAACCAGCAGCACUGACGUCAGCACACCCACCACAGGAAUCAGCACACGUGGCACCACAUGAAGCACUGAAGCCAUCCCACCCAUACUCCUCAGCAUCAGUGCUUGCAUCGCAGUCAGCAUUGCAUCAGCUGAAUGAACAGCAGCAGCAGCAGACCUCAUCAUCACCAGCUGCUGCUGUUGUUGCUCAUCAUGGAGCAGGCGCCACCACCACCCUGCACACGCCUUUGCUGGACAGCAAGGAUUCUGCUCCGCCCCCUGCUGCAUCUCUCUUCCAUCCAAAAUAUCGACAAGUGCUCCUCCUAGGCGCCGCCCUCUUCGCCCUGCAACAGUUCUCAGGCAUCAACGCCGUUGUCUACUUCUCCUCUCACGUGUUCCGCUCUGCUGGAUUCUCUUCAGGCAUUGCUGUUUCAGCCCUGAUUGCACUCUUCAAGCUCUCAGCUGUGCUGCUGGCUGCUCGUCUCGUUGACUCUGCAGGGAGAAAGCCCCUUCUGCUGCUCUCCUUCCUUGGCAUGGGUUGCUCCAUGCUCUUUCUCUCGGCGGUCCUCUCCUUGCCUCUCCUGCAACCCCAUGCGCCACUCCUCUCUGUUAUCGGCACAAUCAC